AUGAUGGAUCUCGAGAUCCGAUCACCAAGACUCUGGCCGGCCAUCUCUGGAGAAGAUGACCACCACGUCCACCAGAGUCACCACGUCGGGCACGCGUCGCCGCCGGCACCCCCAUGGUGCCUAGAGGCCGACAAGCCCCGACGAACACCACGCCUCGCCAGCAGCCAUGGCCCAGACCCAAGCACCACCAGAUCCAGAUCGGAUCGGGGUCGAGGGCCCCAAGCCGCAACCGCCGCGGAGGCAGCACCACUGGACAGUGCCCAGCCCUCCAGCCCGCCGUAUGACCGAAUCAUCGCCGGAGCUCCACGCGCCACGCCGCCAAGCCGCCGCCGGGAUAACUCGCGCCACCGCCAGAGAAGCCGCAGCCGCCGCGCGUCGAAGGGGCCCCAAGCCGCAGCUGCACCGCUGCCAGGCAGGAGCGCCGCCACCCAGCACGCCCUCCUCCGCGCCGCUGGGCCCCGCCCAGCCCAGCGCCGUCUCGCGCCGCGUCGUCCCGCGCCGGACGCCAACCGCAAGGAGAGGGGCAAGAUCCCCGCCGCCACCAAUGCUGGCCGGACUUUGCCCGGCGGCGCUGCGCGGUGGCGGCGGGGGGAGAGAUCGACGAGGGAGGACGAGGGGCGGCGCGCUAGGGUUUCCCCCAAGGACGCUCGCGGGAGCGGCUCGGGGGUCACGGGCUAA